AUGUCGCAUGCUAUGAUAUGGGAUGAUGAGACACGUUGCGCUUCAUCUAUGCGCAGCGAGAGGAUGGAACAUGGAAACAAAUUCGCAUUUGUCAACUUUUCCAAUGGCUACCACCUAAAUUCUUCGGAUCAGAUACGAGUAAUUCGGCAGCACGCCAUGAAAGAUGUGGGGAAAUCACGCCGAAAACCGACGACGAAGGCCAAUUUCGAUCUAGCCAAGAAAUUGUACCAAUUCCAGCCGACAUGGUGGCUUCCUCGGCGCUGGGCAACUCUCUCUAACUUUUCAUCUCACGUGAAGCUACCAAUUGGGGUGCAGCUCGAGAGUGACGCGAGAGGACGUCAGCUUCUGUCAGAUGUGUUUCGUGAUGGCGAGAAUGGCGGAGCCCAAAUACACUUGCGAGACGCCUGGUUCACUCUCGGAAUGCGAUAUGCGUCAACAAUGUUCCAGAUUUUAGCCAAUUCCGCUUUACACGAAACAAUAAUGAGAUCAGGAGCUUGUAAAGCUGCUGAAACUUAUGACUCUAUGAGAUUUCAUGUAAAAGCAUUGUCUUCUCUACAAGUAACACUACAGGCCACAGGCAAAAGGGAUCUAGAAUAUGCUAUAAGUGCAAUUACUGGGCUAUUAGUGUAUGAGGAGCUUUGUGGCAAUAGAGACAUGUGGAUUAUACAUCACCAAGGUCUUCAGCACUUAGUUAACCGAGCAGGAGGCAUUGAUGCUCUUGAACAAAAUGAGGAGCUGAGAAUAACAAUUAGUUGGUGUGAACUUCGUGGUGCGUGCGUGUUUGACCACCCUCCAAGCUAUCCAUCACCACGGCAAUGGGAGAAGUUUUCCGUGUUGCCUCUGUCUUCCACAAACGCGCGCACUCAUAUAGAUCAUGUAACCCGUAUCUGGAACGAUUCGUCGCAGGUCCAACACAGGGAGUGGUUACACGCGUAUGAGAUUGUAGCCAUCUUCUCCUUUGAUGCAUUCAGUCUACCUCAGCAUCAAAGUCCAGACCCGAGCAUCCACAGCAGGGAUGGAUGUGGUGCGUGGGUAAAUCCAGUGGCGCAUACGUUUCUUUCACGACGGCCACCCGCCGACCCAGCGUGUGCGGGAUCUCUCAUGCAGGAGGCCUGCCGGUUAGGAAUGCUACUUUACCUUAAUCACGUACGGCGUUUCCUGGGCAUAAUGCCGUCAUACACUGGUACCCUUGCCAGCAGACUGAAAGACCACCUUCUGGUAAACUAUGAGUAUCUUAUGAGUGACUGGAUCGGCGACGCCUGGAUACUGCAAAUAUGGAUGCUCUAUAUGGCAGGAUUCGGGCUUCAGGGAGAACCUGAUGAGGCCUGGUUUUUCCGCGCGUUAGGCAUGUUUCUAAAAAGACACGGAAUAUCGGACUGGAGUGAUGUUAUGCAGCUCCUCAAAAGCGUGCUGUGGUUUGAAGAGGUGUUUGAUAGACCAAGCGAUGAAAGGGUGCAAAAUGGCUCUAUGUGGUGGAUAACAUGA